AUGGCCGAGCAGAUACCCCCUACCUUCGUCGUCGAGCACCUUGACCCAGAACUUGGGCCCUGGUCGGCGCUGGAAUAUAAGUGCAUUGCCGAAGAGCUGAACAAAGCCGGGGCGAAGUUCAUGCUCACUUCGGUCCCGGAGUCACUGCGCCUGCCACAGAACCUGGUGUCGCAGAACAACCUAGCCGCCGAGCAUCGGAGCGUGGAGGAGCUUUUUGCGGACAAGAAGUCAGCUAUCUGUCUGCUGGAUCCCGCCGCCGUCGCCGAACUGUCGCCUGCUGAUGGCUCAACUUUCCAGGUGUUCCUGUUUGGCGGCAUCCUUGGUAUGUAUUAA